AUUCUGUGCUUUUAUGUUAUGAUUAAAAAUACACUGUAUUGAGGUUAAGUUAUUUAUCGGUUGUUGUGUCAUAUCAAAAGAGUGAGGAAUUGUUUGACAUUUUAUAUGUGCAAAUAGUUUAAAGAAAACCGGAAAACCGUAAGAAGUAAAAACUUAGAAGUCAACCUCAUUAUAUGCGAAACUUGAUUAGUGAUUGGCAAGAAGAAAAUCAAUUAUUAUGGCCUGAACAACAGUAUAAAUGACAUUUGACAAGUGCCAGCUCAACAAUAUUAUUUGUUUAUUACGUGUUGUUACUUUUUAUUUAAUGAAUAUUUCAUAUUAUAAUGGCUUAUGAAGGAGUUACGAGUAACAUAGACCUGUCACCGGCUUUCAUUGAAAGUUUGCAAAGCGAUUUCAAAAGUUUAUCUGGGGAAUCCAAGAAGAAAUAUCCACAAGUCAAAGAGGCAUGUGAAGAAGCUAUUACCAAGCUGAAGAGUACCCAAUCUUCACCUCAAACAUCGAUUUAUUAUAUAGUAAACCAAAUUAUUUAUCCUCUGUCACAAGGUUGUGAAACGAAAGAUGUUAAACUCAUUAAGUUGUGUCUUCAAAUAAUGCAGAAACUCAUUACUCACCAACUGGUUGACCAGAAAGGGGCUCUGUACAUUACUGAUACAUUGUGGUCACUAAUGGAGCUUGGAAUUGAAGAAGUCAAGAUUUUGCAAACAGUUACCCUGUUACUAACCACAAAUACUAUUGUACAUGGUGAAACAUUAGCUAGGACACUUGUAUUAUGUUUUCGGCUUCAUUUUGCCAAAAACUCUACCACUAUCAAUACAGCCGGGGCGACUGUAAGGCAACUGGUUUAUCUUGUGUUUGAGAGGGUGAUGGCAGAAGAUGAUCAGCUAUUGAAGACUGAAAAUGUACCCCAGCGUGCCCCAGUUAAUGUGGAGGAAUUGAAAGCACCAAGUGGUACCCCACCAAAAGGGUUGCCGCCAUGUGCUGGAGAUGCAUUUUUGCUGUUUCAAGAUUUGGUUCAGUUGGUGAAUGCUGAUCAGCCAUAUUGGUUGAUUGGCAUGACAGAAAUGACAAGAACCUUUGGACUUGAGCUAUUGGAAUCUGUUUUGACUCAAUUUUCUGCUGUGUUUUAUAAAAAUGCAGAAUUCAGUUUCCUUCUCAAAGAGCGUGUGUGUGCUUUAGUUAUCAAACUGUUCUCUCCAAAUAUAAAAUACAGAAGUAAUGUACCAAGUAAUAUACAACAAGCAACACCCUUUGAGAAACCUUAUUUUCCAAUAAGUAUGAGGCUUUUGAGAGUUGUUUCCGUUUUGAUACAGAGGUACCAUAGCCUGUUGACUACCGAGUGUGAAAUAUUCCUAUCCUUGAUUGUGAAAUUCUUGGAUCCAGACAAACCGACCUGGCAAAGAGCUUUAGCUCUUGAAGUUUUGCAUAAAAUGACGAUCCAACCAGAACUACUGAACUCUUUUUGUGAAUGUUAUGAUUUGAACAAGCACACUACAAGAAUAUUUCAAGAUAUUGUAAAUUCUUUAGGUGCUUAUGUUCAGUCACUUUUCGUGAAUCCGCAGUUACAGUUGGGAGCAGGAAUUCCAAUUGCCCAGGGACAGCCUCCAGUUUAUUUGGGUGGAUUGCCAGCUGGUCCUGGGGUAUCACCCCAACCAGGAUUCCUUCUGAGAGGAGUAUGGCUGCCCAUCGUUGUGUCCUUUCCCACUGGACAAUCUAAAUCCAUGUAUUUGGAAAUGUUGGACAAAAUUGAACCACCUGUGGUACCAGAAGGCUACGGUAUAUCGGUGGCAUAUGCUUGCCUCAUGGAAAUCAUCAGAUCUCUUCAAAUCACAAUCAGUCCACAACCCCAACCCGAUGGCGAACAUUUUCCAAAGAAAAAAAAUAGCAAAGAACUCAAUUGCCAGUUGAUCAAUUCGAGCUGGUGUGGCUUACUGGCAGCACUCAGUCCCUUGGUAGAUGCCAGUACAGAAGAAUCAAUUACCGAAAAUGUACUGAAAGCCAUGCAGACUUAUACUUCAUUGUGUGGGCUUUUGGAUUUGCACACCCCAAGAGAUGCUUUCAUCACAGCCAUCUGUAAAUCAUCGUUACCACCACAUUAUGCACUUACAGUAUUGAAUACAGUUUCGUCGGGUAUAAAUUUGAGACAAGGUCAUCGUGACAGUCAAGAUUUGAAUAUAUCUUUAGCGGUACAGUAUGGCGAAGCUGAUUAUCGCCAGCAAGUGGUAGCAGUCGGUACUCCCUUGCCGACAUCCUCAGUACCAGCAGGCACCCAACAAGGACCAGUGAUGUUGACCUCAAAAAAUUUACAGUCAAUGAGAGCCCUGCUGAGUCUAGCUCACUGCCACGGAAGCAUCCUAGGAACAUCAUGGCAUUUGGUACUGACCACCUUGCAGCAUUUGGUCUGGAUAUUGGGAUUAAAACCUUCUACUGGUGGAAGCUUGAAAGCAGUUAGAUCUAACACAGAUACGAAUGCAGUGAUCACCAGUUCUGUCAUGGAUAAUCUUCCGGUAUUAUCAACCAUGCUCAGCAAACUGUUUGAAUCCAGUCAGUACCUGGAUGACGUAGCAUUGCACCACCUUAUAAGUGCUCUGUGCAAAUUGUCUCAAGAGGCUAUGGAGUUGGCCUAUUCCAAUAGGGAACCAUCUUUGUUUGCUGUUGCGAAACUCCUGGAAACCGGCUUGGUGAACAUGCCACGCAUCGAGGUGCUUUGGCGACCUCUGACAAACCACUUGCUUGAGGUUUGCCAUCACCCCCAUAUAAGAAUGAGGGGUUGGGGAGUGGAGGCCAUAACGUAUCUGGUAAAGGCAGCUUUACAAUUCAAGCACGCCGUUCCAUUGAGAGAGAAUCAAAAACUCCAAACUCUUUUGCUUGGACCUUUGUACGAGUUGUCUUCUGUGCCACACGGAGAUGUCCGUCAAAAGCAGUUGGAGUGUGUGUUGCAUAUACUACAACAUAACGAGAAGACUUUGUCCCAUGGUUGGCCUUUGGUACUGGGAAUCAUUGGGGCUGUUAAUGAUCAACAUGGGGAGAACCUGAUAAGAACUGCAUUCCAAUGUUUACAACUAGUCAUCACAGACUCUCUGCCUGUUAUGCCCUGGAGGUGUUUACCUCUUUGUGUGGAUACCGUUGCUAAAUUUGGAUCUCAAACUCAAGAAUUGAACAUAUCUUUAACUGCAGUGGGAUUAAUGUGGAAUAUAUCGGACUACUUUCACCAAAACCAAGGAAAAUUGAGCCAGACCACAACCGAAGACAACAUAGUGUUACCUGACUUUCCUGGGACAUUGAACAUGCCCAGCUUUGACAAACUAUGGAUGUGUCUAUAUGCGAGGCUGGGUGAACUAUGCGUAGACAGCAGACCAGCAGUGAGAAAAUCUGCUGGACAAACUCUCUUUUCUACCAUAUCUGCCCACGGAGGCCUGCUGAAACAAUCCACUUGGCAGGUUAUCCUCUGGCAAGUUCUCUUUCCUUUGUUGGAUAAAGUCAGGAGUCUCUCCAACUCGGCCAGUAGUGAAAAGGUAGAUACAGGGGGUAAUAUUCUGAUCCACCACACGAGAAAUACAGCUCAGAAACAGUGGGCAGAGACUCAGGUGCUUACUCUGUCAGGGGUCGCCAGGGUUUUCAACACGAAAAGACAGCUUCUACGGGCUAUAGGAGACUUUUCUAGAGCAUGGUCUAUUUUAUUGGAGUUUAUUGAACAUGCAGCUUUAAGUAAAAACAACGAGGUUUCCAUAGCUGCCCUGAAAUCAUUCCAAGAGAUAUUAUUCCUGAGCAAAAACCAGCUCGCUGAUAGCAAGGCCAUGGAAGACAAGGAAAUCUGGGCGAUCGCUUGGAAGAUCUGGGUAAAAAUCGGGACAGAAAUAGUGGUGCCUCUCAACGAACACGAAGCCCAGGAAACUUUCUAUAUCCCUAGUCAGACGUUUCUCACAGCCUUGGUGCAAAUAUUCCCUAGUGUGUUCUCGCACAUCAGAAGUGGCUUCACUCUGGAGGAUUUGAAGCAAUUCGGUAGGGUAAUGAGCAACGCGAUCAGCGUGCCGGUUUACGGAGAAACUACCCCUUAUGUGAUAUCGGCGUCUUCAGAUCUCAGUUUAACGCCUCUCCACGAUGGCGUUUUGCACUCGAUGGAGCUGUUGCAGAAGGAGGCAAUGCAGCGAAACAAUUCGAGAAUGAUUCCUGACAUGUUCAGGAUCCUACUGGCGUUCGCUAAAUGCACUUGCUCGCCUCCUAAUGUAGCUAAAACGGAGAGUAAACAGACUAAAAUUUCAGACUGGGUCACGAUGAACUAUGUGCCUUUUGGGGAGAAGGCGCUGACAAUGGUCGUCAAAUUGUACGAGAAAACGGCCGAGAAUUCAGAGGUUAUCAACUCAAACAUUCUGAAAGAAAUCAUUGUGACAUUACAUACCCCCUUAGCUUUGAAGUAUAACUGUGUAUCGAAUAGUAUUUGGAAGUUGGCAGCGAGCAGUCUCUUGGCUGUAUUGAAGGUCGGGCUGAAGGUGGCCAGGACGCACGGAAACCAGUUUUCCACAAUGUGGAACGAACUCUUUGUCACAUUGAAUGAUUUCCUAUUUCCAAAUGCUUGCGUUCCUGGAGACAAAGGCUUAGAUGAAAUGGUCUCAGAUGAGAGCAUAGACUGUCAAAUGAUCGAGUUGCUGAGGACUGAGGUAUUACCAUUCUCAAAAAAUAUACCUAAGGACUUCAUAAUGCAAGUGGUCAUACUAUUGAAUCGAGGUUCCAUACAUUCUGUGACGAACGUCAAAACAGAUGGAGAUAUCGAACUAACGUUAAGAGAAGAGUUUGCAAAAACAUGUUUUGAGACAUUGUUGCAAUUUUCAUUGAUCGACGACAGCAACAAUGGACUCGUAAUGAACAGUGACGACAAAACUAACGGUAUUGCUGGUCAUUUAGCUGUUACUUCUCUGCUUCAUCGCUUUCAAGAGGUGUUGAAGAAAUAUAUCGAAGACGAGAAACUCAGCGGGAAAUGCCCUUUACCAAGGUAUCGACUUUCGGAGAUCUCUUUCGUAUUGAAAGCUCUCACAACAUUAAUAAUAUCAAUGAAAAAGGCGACAGCUGUGAAAGAAGACAAUAAAGCAUGGGAACAUCUCAUAAGUCUGUAUCCUUAUUUGGUUGAAUGCACCACCACGAGUUCAACACAGGUUUCCAGACCAUUGAGGGAAGCUCUACUACAGUUCUGUGAUCUACUGCAACCACCACAUAAUAAGAAUAAUAAUGUGAUGCGAAUUCCAGAUUCCUUGAUAUAAUUUUUAAUAGUUUAUUUUAGUACCUGUGAAAGUUGUCAUAUCUAAUUUGUACAUUUUACACAAAUUUCAUAUUUUAACAUAUUCCUUACCAUGGAUAAACAAGGGUUGUGCACCCGUUUCUGAAGAAAUAUUCAAACAUCGUAAAAAAGAAGAAGGUGCAAGUAUUGAAUAAGGAUAUGACUUGAUCAAGCCUGAUGCAUUCAAAUGUAAAUUUG